AGGAGUCCAUAGUUACAAACAUCUUGUACUUGCUAAGAUUUUUUUUUAAGAGAAUGGACGAAAAUCCGCAGCUUGAUUAUGAUGGGCGGAAAGACUUCCUGAUCGAUGCAGACUACUUCAUGGCUGUAGCUGUUCUGUCAGCAAAAAGAAGCGCUGACCCAAACACUCAGGUGGGAGCAUGUUUAGUGAACCAGGACAAAAAGAUAGUUGGCACUGGUCACAAUUGUAUGCCCAAUGGCUGUAAAGACAAACUGCCAUGGAAUCGCGAAGGUGAUGAACUUGACACAAAAUACAUGUAUGUGUGCCAUGCAGAGCUGAAUGCCUUAAUGAACGCGAGCAAUGUUGAUGUGAAAGGCUGCACCAUGUAUGUGACGUUGUUCCCCUGCAAUGAGUGCACCAAACUCAUCAUCCAGGCAGGUGGGUGCUGA